UAUUCUCGCUAUUAAUUCUGAUCAAUUUUCAGUGAGAACUUUCUCAAUUUUCGACGAGAAGAAAAAACUAAAUUGCAUAUCUGCUCCAAUUGUUCAUUGAAAAGAGUCGGUUCAAAGAGUCGACACAUCCCUAGCUGGUUCAGAUCUCUGAAGUCGGCGAGCUAUGACAACUGACUGACUUCAAAAACAGUUAGUUUGGGUUAGCAGAUUUAUAUUGAGAUGUCUGAGGUGAAGAAAGACGUGUUAACUUUAGUAUCUAGUCAGCGGUCUGUUGAAAAAUGGACCCUGCGGUCUCAGAGUGUCAGUGUAGAAAUCAUCUCUCUAGGCUGUGUCAUAACCGCCAUCAAAACACUUGACCGGAAGGGACAAAGUGCGGAUAUAGUCUUAGGCUUUGAUGAUGUAGAAAGUUAUCUCACGAACCCUCGCUAUUUUGGAGCUGUAGUAGGCCGAGUUGCUAACCGAAUAGCUAAGGGUCAGUUUGUAAUUGAGGGGAAAGUGUAUAACCUGGCUAUCAAUAAUGGACCCAAUUCCCUACAUGGUGGCACCUGGGGCUUUGAUAAGGCUGUGUGGAGUUGUGAACCUGUACCCAAUGGAGUGAGACUGAACCACACCAGUCCUGAUGGUGAUGAGGGUUAUCCUGGCAAUCUGAAGGUUUUUGUCACCUACACACUGGAGGAAAACACACUCAGUAUACAGUACAGUGCCCAGACUGACCAAACUACACCAAUCAACCUGACCAAUCACUCUUAUUUCAACCUGGCUGGACAGGGUGCACCAGACAUUUAUGACCACGAAGUAAGCAUCUCAGCAGAGGCGUACCUGCCUGUCGAUAACAACAUGAUCCCUACAGGAGAAAUUAGACCUGUAGAAAAUUCACUCUUUGACCUCCGCAAACCGGUUCUUCUUGGGGCUCGACUCAAGGAACUUCCUGGCCCUGGGUUUGACCACAAUUUCUGCCUUUGGCUUCCAGGACAAUCAAAAGAAGAGAUGAAGUGUGCAAGAGUGGUGCAUCCUGGGACAGGGCGUGUUCUGGAAGUGAGCACCACCCAGCCUGGCAUUCAGUUCUAUACAUCCAACUUCCUGGAUGGGACAGUGGGAGGGAAAGGAGGGACGUCAUACCUAAAACACAGUGCUUUUUGUCUGGAGACACAAAACUGGCCAGAUGCUGUUAAUCAGCCCCAGUUUCCUGAAGCGCUGCUGAGACCAGGAGAGGAGUACACUCACACUACACGUUUUACUUUCUCAGUGGCCUGAGACAUACAUGUACACAACACAGUGCAGAGUGUUUUGGGAACAAAAGCAUCAUAGCACAAAGAUCGUUAAAUGGUAGAGCGAGCAGCACAAUUACACACACUCUCCUAGUUAAGAUGCUCCUAACAUUAACAGGCUUUUGAGAAACUCACCCCAGAUCAGUACAGCAAUCUUACCAGUUGAUAGAUCAGUUUCAUCAAAGUUAAAGGUAGACUGCCUUUCAAAUUUUUCAAGUGUAGGUCAUAAAAAUAAUUUCCCCCGACACCCAAAUCAUUUUUGUUUAGUGGACCAAAAGCUGCUGAAUUAAAAUCAGACUUCUAAUUUUAUUAGUUAAAAAAAAAAAUAAGAACAGUUAAUGAAUUUAGGGCCACGUGGCCUAAAUUCUCUGCUAUUUUUGCCUGCUUCAGCAUGACCCAAUUCAAGAUACUACAUCACGCAUUAUAUGGUGUGCUUUCCCCGUUCACGCAAGGCAUUGUGGCAUACAAAUUUGAAACAGGAGAGAAAAAAAAAAAAUGGAGAACGUGAGUGUGCGCAUGAAAUGUGAAAGACCGACUACAGUAACGGAAAGCGAGAAAAGACGUUGUGUUGCGAAGGAAAGGAAACGCAGGACCAAACUAAUAAAUAUCAGCGUCAGCAAGCACCUCGGUGUGAUCAGCUGCUCGUUUAGCGACAGAAUCAUGUAACUGUCAGUGCACGGUCAAAGGUAAACCUGUAGAUGCCAGUAAUAUAAUAGUAUGGAUGCCAGCUGCCGUAAAACCCAAGAGAAGGAGCAGGUAAACCUGCGCAUGCGCACACGGACUUCCUCUGUCUGCUCAACUGUGUGAAGCGAGUGAUUUCAUACACAUGAAAAUCACUCGCUUCACACAAUUGAGCAGACAGAGGUUAGAGUUGUUAGAGUUAUUUGCUUGAGAAUCCCCUCAAAUUAAAAAACUUCCCAGCCAAAGAAUGGCCUGUUUUUUUUUUUUUUGAGAUAUUACAGAGAUAAACAGAUCACAAUUACCAAAUUUCAGAGGGAAAACUCUCUCAUUCGUGUGUGUAUAUAUCAGAUGACUCGUAAAUGAGCUGCUGCGGUCUUUUUGAAAGCACACCACUCUCUGCAAUCUUCUGCCAUCCUUAGCGAUGUCUUGUUGCCAUGUUUGUAGGGGUCUGCCUCUUCGUCUCUUUCCGGGUGCUUUUCCUUGGAUGAUGACUUUCUCUAGUCCUUCAUGUCAGAUGGCAUGGCUGAAAAAAAAAACAUCUUUCUUUUCACAAUUUGUUCUCGGAGCGUCAUCUUGGUGUUCAGUGUUUCUAGAACCCAAACAUUGGUUUGAUGCUCUCUCCAUGAAGUUCUAAGCAAGUACCUGUAUGCCCACGUCUCGAAUGCAUCUACCUUCUUCUCAAUUUGCUUGGUCAUUGCCCAUGAUUCGCAUCCGUAGGUGGCAAUAGCAAAUGCGGUUGCUCGGAUGAGGAAAGAAGGAACUAAAUUUCACCAGUUUUAUGAAAUCGAAAGGCCGUCUAGCUUUAAAGUGCGUGAUAAAAUCUGCAUGACUGCAUUAUAAGUUUCAAGCACUUUGUGUUUUGAUGAAAUGUUCACAGAUCAGUUUCAGUAAAAAAAACCAAACAAACCCUGUUUAAUUUGAAGACACUGAUACAUUUCACUUUUUUUAAAUCUGAUUUUUAUAUCAAAAUAAAAUGUUCAAUUAUUAUAAAAUAAUAUUCAAGGCAUUCUAUCAGUUGACUUUUCCAUUCAUUGUCUAACGUUAAUUGUGAAAAGGCAGAGAAUAUCUAAAGAGCAACCAUAUUAUUCAUGCUAAAUUU